AUGGCUGCUCCCAGGCCCACCACUGUCAGACUGAAGCUUCUGAUAGCCCCAAAAUCCCAGAGAGUUCUGUAUGCUGAAGCAGACAAAGAUUUUGUUGAUUUUCUCUUCAACAUCUUGUCAUUACCCGUUGGCACUGUGGUAAGGCUCCUUAAUAAACAAGGAAUAGAGGGGUGCAUUCGAAACAUUUAUGAGAGUAUUGAAAAUGUGGGCGAUUCCUACAUGCAAUCAGCAGAAAACAAAGAUAUCCUUCUGAAGCCAAUGGUUGCUAACUAUGCUGCUAAUGUAGCUCUCCUGUUGCCUACACUGCAACCCUCAUCAUACACCAAUCUCUAUAGGUGUGACAACUUUAAUAAUGUCUAUUGUCGCCCAAAAGUGACAACUAAUCCGAAUACCAUUUGUCCUUCAUGCUCUUGUUCUAUGAAACAUAAAGUAACUUUCGUGAAUCCGACAAUCAAAGCUUCAGGCUCGGUUGAGGUAGGUUUCGUCAAGGGAGCUGCAACUUACAUGGUAAUGGAUGAUCUGGUGGUGAGGCCUAUGUCCACUGAAUCUAUAAUUACUUUGCUCAGCGAGCUCAACAUUAAGGAUGUGGGUGAUCUCGAAGUGGAAGUCGUUGGUGUUGGAAUUAAGGAGACAGUGGAAUUGCUGAGGGCAUUGAUCUGGUCCAGGUCCAAGGCCGUGCUUACUACUGUUUUCCUUAGUGGGAAGAAGGAGCCUUCUGUAAAGUCUCAACCACUGCACUGA